UAAUUGUUGUUGAUAAAUCAAUCUUUUAUUGCUGAUUUGUUUAUUUCGAGGAGCUACUGAAUACCUUUUUCGAUGACUUCGUAAUAAUAAGCCCACUAGAUCAAAUUAGUCUUGUACUUGUAUCCCAUCAUCAUAUAUAUUUACGCACAUUGACAUUUGUCACGUUAAUUUCUCGAAAUAAAUAUUGCCAGAAGUUUGUACAAUGAACUGUGAAACACAAACGAAAACUGAAGAAAUAGAUAAAAAAGAAUUUUAUUCAAGAGUGUUUGAAUGUAUCUCUUACAUAAUUCACAAAUGUCCUUUACUCCAAAAAUUAUUUCUAAAAUGGUGCACAUUAUCUCCAAAAGAGAAAGUAUUAUUAAAUUACUUACUUCGUUACAUUGGAGAUGCCGACCAAAUAGAUUUAUACGCACCUAUUAUACAAGGUCUUACUUAUUGGAGUGAUAUUCAAGACACAGAAGGUGCGUGUGGUUUUAGUGGGAGUCCUCAAGAUUUCAAAUUUAGUAUACAUGAAGAAAGACGUAUUUUUCAAACAAUUAUAUUAAUCGAUCAGGUGGUAACCAAUAUACUUUUGAGACCAACGUUAUGCAAUGAAAUUAAGAAGUUGAAUGCUGAUAACAGUUCUGAAAAUGAAGAUAUUACUGGACAAGGCGAUAAAUAAACAUCUACAAUUUAAACUUUUAUUUUUGAUUAAUUACGUAUCUGAUUCAAUAUCUGAUAUGUAUCUGAUUAAUACAUAUUUUUUAAUUCGUUAAUUAUUGUUAUGAGUACAGAGAGGACAUUAAAAAUUUAGUAAAUACUAGAUUAUUGUGGUUCCUUAUGUAAUGUCUUAAUUAGUUUUCUAUGUUUAUGUAUGUGCAUUGUUGAAAAGUUUGAGUAUUUCAAAUGUAAAUAUAUUUUAAUACAAAACCGAA